AUGCUGUUGCGACUUCGCAGUCGAACUGCGCUCAAUCGGCUGCAUUCAAGAUGGCAGACUCCAAAGGGUCGAAAUCACGGACUCUUUUCGCCUCUCUGGAAUGGCCAGUCCGGAGCCAGACAUCUCACAUCCUCUCCCUCUCAUAACAGUGUGCCACCUAAAGUUCUGGAAGAAUUCAAGAAGACUUUGGGAUUCCCUGCCGCAACAUGUACCCUCAGACAGCUAGCCGAAGAAUCCUCUAAAAAACUUGACGAUCAGAUCGUACUGCAUGGCUACAUUGGCGCCAGGAGAGACGCAUCAAAGUCGCUCACAUUUGCGGAGCUCCACGACAUACACCUCAGCUCAGUCGUUCAGCUGGUCUCAACGGCAACCAAAGGAGAGGAAGGAAGUGAUGCCCCUCACCAGAUCCUUCGUUCUCUCGAAGAGCACACGCCUGUGGCUGUAUCAGGCACAGUCAAAGCACGCAAAGCACCAAAGCCUAGCAACAGCGAAGGUGUUCAAUCACCUGUCAUCACGGCGGUUGAAGUCAAAGUCGAGAAGAUUACAGUAUUGAAUGCAUUUCCCAGGGACAUCAUCAUGACCCGCGACACAGUCUUCUCGCCGGAGCAGCGUCACUUGCAGAUACGGAAUGAGGGUACAAUUCGUCAUGCUCUGGCUUUUCGGAGUAAAGCAGCUGGCAUCAUUCGAGAUGAGCUUUGCGCCAAGCACGACUUCUUGGAGAUUGAGACUCCGCUCCUGUUCAAAUCCACGCCCGAAGGAGCGAGAGAGUUUCUGGUUCCCACACGGUCAUCUGGACUUGCUUAUGCUCUACCACAAAGCCCGCAACAAUACAAGCAGAUACUGAUGGGAAGUGGCAUCCCUCGAUAUAUGCAGAUUGCAAAGUGCUUUCGUGACGAGGAUUUACGAGCGGAYCGCCAGCCGGAGUUCACCCAAGUGGAUAUGGAGAUGGCAUUCGCGACUGGCGAGGACGUUAUGAGAGUGAUAGAGUCUGUUGUUCUGCGACUGUGGAGAGAGCUUCUCCGAAGUACCGAUCUGCCCGAGAAGUUCGAUCGGAUAACAUACGAUGAAGCGAUGUCAAAGUACGGCUCCGAUAAGCCUGAUCUUCGCCUCGGGUCUGAGAUACAGCGCAUAGACUACAUGCUUCCAGUGGAUCUUGUCAGUAAGAUUGGUCCACUUGACGAACCCGCCGUCGAUGUCAUGAAGUUCGCAAUAGCAGACGAACCACAGCAGACCAGGAACUUUGUAAAUACAUUCAUGGACUCGCCCGAUGCCCUUCCUUUCAUACAGAGUCCGGAUGGACAGCCUGGGAUUUUCAUCGUUGACUCGCGAAAGCCACUUUCAGGAUUGCACCCCUUUGGCUUUGAAGCCACCGAGCAUCUCGAGGAGACUUUGCAGUUGGAGGAUGGAGAUCUUGUUGUCAUACAGGCACGCCCGAACGUUCCUUUCUCGGGAGGCUCCACGCCGAUUGGGAAUCUUCGUCUGGCGCUUCACAAAGCUGCUGUCAAACAAGGCCUGAUUCCUGCCCCCACUGGGUUUACGUUCACCUGGAUCACUGACUUCCCCCUGUUCAGCCCCACUGUCGACAACGAGCCCGGUCAGGGGGGUGCCGCUGGUAUAGCAUCAACCCAUCACCCUUUCACCGCACCAAAGACACCAGAAGACGUCGACAUGCUCCUCGUGGAUCCACUGCAGACCAAAGCAGAUCACUACGAUCUAGUAGUGAAUGGCGUGGAACUCGGCGGAGGGAGUCGUCGUAUACACAGCGCACAGAUGCAAGAAUACAUCAUGCGCGAAGUCCUGAAGAUGAGCAGCGAGCGAAUGAAGGACUUUGCACAUUUGCUCGAGGUAUUGCGUGCUGGAUGUCCGCCACAUGCGGGUAUGGCGUUGGGCUUUGACAGACUUGUGGCUGUGAUGCUAGGCAAAGAGUCUGUGAGAGAUGUCAUUGCAUUCCCCAAGAGUGGGAGAGGGGAGGAUCUGCUGGUGAAGAGUCCGACUAGAAUGACGGCAGAGCAAUUGCGGACGUACCAUCUGCAGCUGGCGGACUGA